AUGAGCCACGUAGUGACCAUCGAGAAGUCCUCGACUGACCGUCAAUUAUCUCAGCAACUGUGUCGGGAGAAGUCGAGGGGCUACUUUUCUUCCAAUCGAACGUACGAUUUCCUUUAUGAUCCAUUGUUUAUUGUGUCAAGCGAGAAAGACCACACACAGGCAUAUAUUCAAGCCACCCUGAUUCGAAGCCGACUGAGAAAAGUUCCCAGAUUUAGAAGCAUGUUCAGUAACCUGAUUCAUUAUCCAAGAUAUUCUCAGUAUUGGAACAAGUCCGAUCCUCUCCCACCAUUUAUCAGUCGAGAAUGGAGAGGACUUGAGAAGCAUAAAGAAGUCCUCUGGCAGCUUUCCACAAUGGGCACUUGUUUUCAGAUGUCUAAAGAAGUUUAUGAAAAUCCCGACGUUACUGGAAAGAAUCGAUAUAAAUACUUUGACAGGCCCUUCCUUCCCUUUUAUCAACAGAUGCCACUCAGUGUUGUUUUUGCAGCAACCAAGACAGAACCAUAUAUUUUUCCUCCUGUUCCUUCUAAGUACCCAGUCAUCCCUUCAAAAUCUACUGUGGGCACUCAGACUGAUUAUAGGGAUGCUGAUGUUCAAACGGAUCCAUACUCUCCAGAAUAUGUCGUAUGCCAAGACACGAUCCCUGAGCUCUUAACCCUGGCUACUCUGACUUGGGGUCGAGGUCUCCCAGCAGGACAGGCUGAGGUGGAGAUGAUAGAACGAGCCAGGGAGAAGCGUGCUUGGGAAGCCACUCUUCCCCCUCUGGGUGACAUCYGCCAGUUUGAGAAGAGGAGGAAGAUGAUGAAUGUGAUGGAGAGGAAGGAGUGGGCCUUCAGAGAGCAGGAGAUUGAAAAACUGCAGGACUUUCGCCUGGAAGUUUUAAAAGAGCUACUGAGGAGGCGUGAAGAGCGUCAAAAUGAACUGGACAUGAAGCACUUGAAUGCCCAGUGGAGUAAACUGCAGGAAGCAAAAGAAGCCAAACUGGCCCAAAUCCAUCGCACACAUAUAUCAACAAUCAGAAAGCUUGAAGGAAAGGGAAAGAAUAUAGAAGGGAAACUGAAAAAAAGAGAUAUCAUCAAGGAUUAUUCUGAUUAUGCAUCACAGGUCUAUGGACCUCUAUCUCGCCUUGGCCGUUUCCCAGACAACAACUCAGAGGACUUUGUAGUAAAAAACUACUAUCUCAACACCUAUGAAGGAUUAAUUGAACUUGAAUCAAAUCUUCCAGAUUUUGUGACACAACCGAGAAUCAGAACUCCAAAACCAAAAGUCGGUACCACUAAAUCUGGUUUUCUGAAGAGGGCAGCAAGACUGGACUAUGAGUUGACAGAGGUUCAUAAGGCACUGUUGGAAAAGAAGAGUAAAGGUCUGGAACCAAAGAAACCUCUGCGCCUCCUUCAAAGAAACCCCAUACCUGAGCCUCGGCUUCCAACUCCAACCUUGGAAAUGAGUUCCAAUGAAGAAGAAGACAUAGAAAUGGCUGUGAUCUACCUUCAAAGCUUACUCCGGGGUAGAGUCGUUCAGAACAUGAUGUUUGAAGGGAAAGAAAAGCGACUGGAGUUGAUCCAGGAACUGCGCACCAGCCAYGCACUCCAAGAGGAUGAGAAACUGGUAAAGAAAGCCGAGAAGCAAGUGACCCUGGCCUUACAACGGCAGAGAAACUUGCACGAGCACAAGGUGUCUCUGGUUGAAAAUCAUUUGGCCGGGCUUGAAGGAAGGGCUCUAGCUGACAUGCUAGACUUCCUGUCCAAAGAGCUGGUGAGACUACAGGAAGAGAGGAGGAUCCAUGCCUUUGCCAUGUUGGCAGAGCGUCAGCGGCGGAUGCGAGAAGCCGAAGAGAGUGGUCGUCGCCAGGUGGAACAAAGGCGCCUGCGUGAGGAGGACCAGAUAUUUAAGGAGGUGGUUAAAGUUCAUCAAAGUACUGUAUCCUCAUAUCUGGAAGACAUAAUACUGAGUACUGAAGAGAAUACUGCAGAAGAACAGGCCAGAAAAGAAAUUGAGAAGAUGGCUGAGGAAAUCAAUGACAUUGCUUAUGAAAUGGAAAACCGUCGAACAUAUCUUCAGUCAGAGGAGAUUGUUGCCGAGUUGGUUUAUAGUUUUUUGAUUCCAGAGGUGCAAAAAGAGUUUGUCAAAGAAAAAGUGAGGAAUGCACAGCGAAAACAUAUUCUUGCAGCCCAUCAGAUCAUCCAUCAACACACAGAAGCCAUGGUCCAGCGGAAAUUUGUUGAGCGACCAAAAGAUGAGGUCUCAAAUGCUGACAAGUYACCUGAGGAGGGAACACAAAAUAAGAACAGCAGCUAAG